ACCAGAUACAGCGUAUGUCAACACGGACGGUAUAUUUCGUAUUGGAAACUUGAAAUACCACAGGGUCUAUCGAUCCUUACAAUACAACAGAUAUGACGAAACAAGCCAUGAUGGAUGCGGAUGGGAAUAUAAGGAAAUUAAGCGUUCCUAAAAUAUGUCACAUUGACGCCGGCGAACAGAACGAAUCCGUACACAAAGAAGUCACAGUCGCGGACAAAAACAAACUCUUCAAACGUCGAAUGCAAUUGCGAGAAUCGGAAAUGGACGCUCAAACACAUCUUCAGCCAUCUGUCCAUGGUCGUUCAGUGUCGUUUAGGAACAGACCGCGACCAAAAUUACUGAAUGUAGACGUGUGUCGUCCACGACGUAGCAGCUUGCCGUCGCCGUCAGCGAACUUUUUGUCUGUCUCAUAUGAUAACAUUCCUGUGCAAAAGGAAUCAACGUCGGAGCAGCAGCCGCUGAGACGAGUGCGAUCCUUUAAGACAACAUCUAAGGGUGGAAUCGUAAACCGAGGCGACUCCUUCAAGAGAAGUGCCAACAGUAUAAACUCAAAUGGAAGUGUGAUACCGUGCGAACAAGGUGCAAACAACGCUUUGUCACAGAGUCGCCAAAGGAUUGAUAGCACGCAUUCCAAAGAUAGCGGAACGGCAGUGAGCAAUUGCUCUUCGCUCGAGCCUGAUGUCUUCAAAGUUGCUAUUCUGGGAGACAAAGGAGUUGGGAAAACGUCGCUAACAAAUCAAUUUAUGACAUCGGAAUUUGUAGCAUUCGAAAACGAUCAAGACGUAAAUGACAGUGAAAGUGAACGACACGUUACGGUGUUACUGAAUUCAGAAGAAUCGACACUUGACAUCGUUGAUAAAGAUCUAGACAAACAUGAACUCAGCGACGGCACGUUCGACGCCUUUGCUGUCGUGUAUUCCAUCACAGAUCGAGUUAGCUACCAAUCAGCGGUGGAUAUAUUAUAUGAUCUGAGACACGAACUUUCGAUUAAAGACAAACCUGCAAUUAUGAUUGCAAACAAAAUCGAUCUGGUGCGAAAACGAAAGGUUUCCAAAGAAGAAGCUCGAUCGGUUGCUAAGCAAUACAACUGCAAGUACUGUGAGACGUCAGCGGCCCUGAACCACCAUGUUGAUGAACUUCUAGUGGGUAUCCUAAGUCAAAUAAGGCUUAAUAAGACCCCCGGGCUUCAAAUGGACCGGCCUAGCUUCAUGGAAAAAGGUCACAAGAGUAAGAUGGCUAAAUGCAGUCUUCCUGGUCCAAAACGGUUGCUUAAUUUCCUGUUUAAGAAUAGCACAUCGCGACCGUCUGUCCAUGAGUGUGAAAACUUAUUCUCAAUUUGACUUUGGUGCAUCGUUAUUAUGUUACUCUUUCUUGUUUGUUCACCAUCUUUUACAGUAACUGCGUCAUUAUAUUUUUGUAUCAUUAUUAAUUUAAAUUUGUAUAUUUUAGUUUGUUUAUAUGUUGUGUUAUACACAUGGUAAUAAAUAUUUCUUAUAUGGCAA